GAGUGUGAAAGAGGGAGAGGGCAGAGAGAAGGAGAGAAAAGAAAGGAAGAGAAAGAGAUGGAGAGAAGACAGGCAAAUAGUGCGUGAGGAGUCAAAUAAACAAGAGCAGUGGGUGUAAAAAAGCAAACAUCAGAAGAAAGAGUUGUUUCAUCGACUGGUCAGCGGACUCACCAGGGGGAUUAUGUCCAAACCUUCAACCAACGUUAAGGCCCUUCAGGCUAAUUUGAACAUCCCGAUGGGAGCUCUGCGUCCAGGGGCGGGACAUCCUGUCAAGAGGAGAGAGGACACAGUAGAAACAGAAGAGGAUCCUUCACCUCCAAGCGCUGCAGCCCAGUCACCAGAGGAGAAGAAAUUGCCAGGAGCAGUGAAGCUACCUGGGCCUGCUGUUAACCUUUCAGAGAUACAAAACGCCAAGAGUGAACUACGAUGGGUCACCAAGGAGUAACAUGAUUCUCCAGCCAGGCGGAGAGGAAAGCAGAUAAUCUUCAUAGACACAGACUUGCCCACUGACUCUGAAGAAUGGCAAAAUACAACCCCAAUCCCAACAUGUUUGGAGAUACUAAUGCCUCAGUUUUUAUAAACUCUCCUCCAAUCAGUAGUUUAAAAGAAAUAUUUAUUUAUCUUUCCAAUUAAAUCAUAAUUUAUACAACAAUUUCAAAUAUUCUUGACAGUCUUGCUUCAGAUAAUAUAUCAUUUACCUGGACUUUUAGAAGUGAGUGACUUCUGUUACAAUUACAACAUACUGUUUAGCAUGUUAUCUGCUUUUCUGUUAAGUAGAUGGUUAAAAAGGACAUUUUAUUGACAAUGAAUAUAAAUUCGAGGAAUCCAUCUCAGCAACAAAUAAACUCUGUGGCGACACUUCAGCUGUUCACCACUGAUUUAUAUUGAUACUUUAUAUUGAUACAAUAAUGUUUCCUUUGCUAAUGUUGUAUGUGGGGUUUAAGGUCAGCUGUACUGCUUUUGGGGGGAAAUAACCAUACGUUUGUUGUUUAUUGUGAUGUUUCCCAAAAUGUCUUGAAAAAACACUGCAAUAAAUCAAAAAGGUUCUAAAAAUCCUGUCCAAACUCGGUUUAUCACUUAUGCCUCCAUCUGUUAUAGCAAAAGACAACAGGAUUGCAAGUGUCUUAAUAUUAC